GGCCUCGGUUUGUAGCCAGGAACCUGACCAGGGAGUGGUUCUCAUAGCUGCAGCAAAUCUCAAAACCGGGAGGCCACUUCUGUGCUCUAUCUCCCCUCCAGCCACCUUAUUUCUUCUACUUCUUUUUCUUUUGUUUUAAGCCUUAAGGAGAGCUUUACUUGUAAAUCAGCUUUCCAAGGGUAAGCAGUCAGAAUGAGUGACGUCAUGAGAAAAUUAUGUGGCGCAGAUCUCAACCAGGAGUUGAGGGAUCCAGAGGAAGAAUGCGGUGGGGCCUCCUGAGCCCAGGAAGUUGGCAGCCUGUGGGCUUCAGAGCCAGCACCUCUGAAUGAGGCUGUCUUGAAGCGAGGCUAUGCCAGUCUGCCGUUCCUCUGGCUGGGAGAUCUGAGCGCUGUGUGAGAAAUACUUUGUUGAGCCAAGACUCUGAGGCUGAUACGCAAUGUCACUUACAACAUUAAUCAGAUACUGCAUUUAAGGUAGGAGGCCAGGUGGACUCUAUUUUUAACUCCUAGGUACCGCAUCGUGUGCAAGCAGGGCAGGUCCUGCCUCAUGUUUGUGUUCUCAGUGCUGGGAUCAGUGGUUUGAUUUUCAGCAGACUGUGACUGUGGCUGUGGCCUUUGCAGUGGUCAGCUCUGAGCUUUGAACUCUCCGAGGAGCAAGGGAGGAGAAGAAAAUCCAACAGACCACCUCCUUGGGUGCAGCCUCAGAGAGUCCUCGGAGAAGAAACUUCUUCCUUCAGUCCUGCUUUGCCGUUGAUAAAUUCAGUCCUCGUGAUCACAGUACACUCAGGCUGCUCUGCGUGUGACGCCUGGUGUGUGUGACCAUCGCAUCUAAAACUCGUGAGCAGGAAGACGGAGAAAUCAGUGGUCUCCAUCACCUCACAUAAAAAUGGCCGAGUGUCUUGCUAUGCUAACACUGCCCUGAGUGACGCGCACAGAUCCUGAUGUGGAGGAGAUGGGAGACUCAGAACCAAGGAUUGCCAAGUGAUUUCUGCUGCGGCACAGAAACUAACUCCGUCAAGGCUGGUCCGUUCUAACUGAGAUGACAGUCAUGUCCCUCUCCAGGGACCUCAAGGACGACUUCCACAGUGACACGGUACUCUCCAUCUUAAAUGAGCAGCGCAUUCGGGGCAUUUUAUGCGAUGUCACCAUCAUUGUGGAAGACACCAAGUUUAAAGCCCACAGCAAUGUCUUGGCUGCCUCAAGUCUUUAUUUCAAAAAUAUAUUUUGGAGCCAUACAAUCUGUAUUUCCAGUCACGUCCUGGAGCUGGAUGAUCUGAAAGCCGAAGUGUUUACAGAAAUACUUAAUUAUAUCUACAGCUCCACCGUUGUGGUCAAGAGGCAGGAAACGGUCACCGAUCUUGCAGCUGCGGGAAAAAAGCUGGGAAUAUCAUUCUUGGAAGACCUUAGUGACCGCAACUUCUCAAAUUCCCCAGGUCCCUACGUAGUCUGCAUUACUGAAAAGGGUGUGGUUAAAGAAGAAAAAAAUGAAAAAAGGCAUGAAGAACCAGCCAUUACUAAUGGGCCAAGGAUCACAAAUGCAUUUUCCAUCAUUGAAACGGAAAAUAGUAAUAACAUGUUUUCUCCACUGGACUUGAGGGCAAACUUCAAAAAAGUGUCUGAUUCCAUGAGAACAGCCAGCCUCUGCCAGGAGAGGACCAAUGUCUGCCACGAGGCAGAGCCUGUCCGCACACUUGCUGAACACUCAUAUGCCGUUUCUUCCAUCACUGAGGCUUACAGGAGUCAGCCUGUACGGGAACAUGACAGCAGUGUAUCUGGUAAAACAGGAAAAGAAAAUGGCGAGGCUCUUGCCACAAAAGCAAAGUCAUGCCGAAAGCCAAAGACCCAAACCCAGGAUUCUGACUCAAGCACAGAAAAUAUAUCACUGCUUCCAGUGACCAACCCAGAGCUUAAUCAAGAAAGAAGCCCACAGCCAGCUCCAAUUCUGUCACACUCAAAAUCUUCCAGCAAUGAGGGAGACGUCCAUUUUCCCAGAGAAGAGGACAGCCGACCCUCCGAUAUUCCUGGUCCAGCAGUGGCAGAGGUCCCGCCCCUUGUUUAUAAUUGCAGCUGUUGCUCCAAAUCCUUUGACAGCAGCACACUGCUCAGUGCCCACAUGCAGCUCCACAGGCCGACCCAGGAGCCUUUGGUGUGCAAGUACUGCAACAAGCAGUUCACCACCCUCAACAGACUGGACCGGCACGAGCAGAUCUGCAUGAGGUCCAGCCACGUGCCCAUCCCAGGGGGAAGCCAACCGUUUUUAGAAAACUACCCCACCAUUGGACAAAAUGGAAGUUCAUUCACAAGUCCAGAAUCUUUAGUACCAGAAAAUAGGAUUGGUGAGCUUGCCAGCGCUGGGGGUGCCUUGCCAGAUGAGGAGCACAUGGUGAAGCUUGUGAAUGGGCAGAUGCUCUACAGUUGCAUCGUGUGCAAGCGUAGUUAUGUGACUUUGUCCAGCCUCCGAAGGCAUGCGAACGUUCACUCGUGGAGAAGAACAUAUCCUUGCCACUACUGCAACAAGGUCUUUGCCCUGGCCGAGUACAGGACGCGACAUGAGAUCUGGCAUACUGGAGAGAGACGGUACCAAUGCAUAUUUUGUCUCGAAACGUUUAUGACCUACUACAUACUAAAAAACCAUCAGAAGUCUUUUCAUGCCAUAGAUCACAGACUCUCCAUCAAUAAAAAAACUGCCAAUGGAGGCUUGAAGCCUGCUGUCUAUCCCUAUAAACUUUACAGGCUCCUGCCUAUGAGAUGCAAGAGGGCACCGUAUAAGAGCUUCCGGAAAUCUUCCUACGAACGUUCUCGAGAAAACAGUCAAAGGAGUGAGUCUGCACCAGAUACAUUUGUCAUUCCAAAUUCACAAAGCUCUGAAAUGCCCACACUGAACUUCCAAGAUGGCGGGAACACCUUGACCGGCAGCCCUGCCAUCCCAGGGGAAACGCCUUCACAUCAGGGUGCACCCACUUCUGCCAAAGUAAAUGCAGAAGGCAUCAAAUGGAAGAAGGAGGCCCUGAAAACUGAUCCCAUAGAUAGCUUGGAUUCAACCGAGGGGUCAGUUUCUUCCGCAGAAAACACUGUCAGUGUCAAGCUCCAGGCAGAGUCCACACAUGGUUCACCAGUGGGUAAAGGCAGUGACCACGCGGCCUCUGUGAUCAGCUAUGGUGGCUCGGUGCCCUCUGUCAUCGUGCACAGCAGCCAGUUCUCAUCCGUGAUCAAACACAGCAAUACAGUUGCUGCCCUGACCAGCAGCAAUGACAAAGUCCCUUCCCAACCAUCUGUCAGUCCGCCCCUGAAAGAGGAUAGCAAACUGGGGGCAGAUAAAGCCAGUAAACUUGCAAGCAGACCCAAGAGCAUUAAGGAGAAAAAGAAAGCUCUUUCGUGUAACAAGGGAGAAGUAACAGAGGAGGCCAAGCACGUUAGUGAUCAUGGAGGGUCUUUGGGCAAAACCACAAAUGUCGUGGAAGAAACCAGUAAAAUUGAGACUUAUAUUGCAAAGCCUGCUCUGCCUGGCACCUCCACAAACAGCAACGUUGCACCCCUUUGCCAAAUAACAGUGAAAAUUGGGAAUGAAGCCAUCGUGAAAAGGCGUAUCCUUGGGUCGAAGCUGUUUUGCAAAAGAGGGAGAAAGCCCAAAUAUCAAAUGCAGGAGGAGACGUUGCCUCAGGAGAGUGACCCAGAAACCCGUGGGGACAGCCCCCUUGGGCUUUGCCAGGCUGACUGCGUAGAGAUGAGUGAAGCCUUUGAUGACGUAAGUGACCAGGAUUCCACUGACAAGCCGUGGCGCCCAUACUACAACUACAAGCCCAAGAAGAAAUCCAAACAGUUGAGGAAAAUGAGAAAGGUCAAGUGGAGGAAGGAGCGUGGGAGCAGAAGCCCCAGCGGUAGGCGCAGGUACCCAGCUGAACUGGAUCGUGCAGAGGUGAAGCCACCAGAUAAGGCUUUUGAAGAAGAAGAAAAUAAAGAGAUGCCCAAGCUCCAGUGUGAGCUCUGCGAUGCUGACAAAGCAGCAGGGGUGGACGCCGAAGGCAAGCCCCACCAACACCUCGCGCUGAAGCCUUACAUCUGCGAGCUUUGUGCAAAGCAGUUCCAGAGCCCCUCCACGCUCAAAAUGCACAUGCGCUGCCAUACUGGAGAGAAGCCGUACCAAUGCAAGACCUGUGGGCGGUGCUUCUCAGUGCAAGGGAACUUGCAGAAACACGAGCGCAUCCACCUGGGGGUGAAGGAAUUCGUCUGUCAGUAUUGUAACAAGGCAUUCACGUUGAACGAGACUCUCAAAAUCCACGAGAGAAUCCACACCGGGGAAAAGCGUUACCACUGUCAGUUCUGCUUCCAGGGAUUUUUAUAUCUUUCCACAAAGCGGAAUCAUGAGCGGCGGCAUGUUCGCGAGCACGAUGGGAAAGGCUUUGCUUGCUUCCAGUGCCCCAAAAUAUGCAAGACAGCUGCUGCCCUCAGAAUGCACCAAAAGAAACAUUUAUUCAAGACCUUAACUAAGCAGGAGAAUACUGGUGACAUGUGCCAUGAAAACUCGGAUCUCUUGGAGAGUCAGCUUUGCACUGAUUUGGAAGACAGCGACCAAAAGGAUGACAUGCAAACCUUUGCUGAAAACGUUAGUGACAGCAACAGUUAGAAAAGUCUUCAAAAAAUUAGAAUUAUAACGAGCAAUAGACCUGCAAAUACCGAGGACUGGUGUCGAAAUCAUAGAGCAUUUUGAAUCUGACUUAUGAGCAUGUGUGUGCUUCUCGAUGGAAUGCUGUGCUGUUAUUAGAGCCACUCAAGUCACACAAAACAUAAGUCAUGCCUUACCUAUGGGGAAAGCCUUCCCAGAACCUACCUGAGAUUACCUGUGCCGUAUAACCCUUUGCAGUGGCCUCACCUCAGAGAAUGAAGAAUGGUCAAAUUCUUCUGAACUCUCUGCAGUCUUCCAGCCAUCCCAAGGCCAUGGAUGUUGGGGGCUAUUCCAUGCAGACUUAAGGGGUCAAAUAAUCCUGAUGUCUCCCAUUCUACUGAAGAAGUAUGCAAAGGGUUGAGUACUAGACAUACCUCCGUGGUAAUGAAGUUUCGGGCAUUUGGAAACAGCAGAAAGCCCGAUUCCUGAAUUGUACACCUUGGAGAGAAUGCAGCCCACAGGUGCAUACUAACUAAAAGGACAGAAGCCCCCACUCCCACUGAUGACAUGAGGACAAGGGGAAGUGAUGACCUUCCUUGCCUCAAACAGCAGCAUUGUUUUUGCGGGAUGGGGAGAUAGGAUGUGGAGGGACAGGGUUCUGCCCCUUACUAUCAUGACUCAGCAGCAUCCACACAGCUAGAAGCUCUGUCUUCAUGUUUGCAGACAUCUAGCUCCCUCGUUAAAGCCUCAUCUUUCUAAAGCUUUUUUUAUAUUGAUGCAAACUGUCAGCAUUGCCCUCAGAAGUCUGUUUGCCCUCCAGGAUGGUCUUUCACGUGAACUAGGAUCCUGGAAAGCUGGACCUCACUGUUCUUCCUGCUAAAACUGCCAGGAUAGGAGGGAAGGAGGACUCAUUCCUAACUCCCUUCAGUCACCAGUGUCAGCAAACUUCAGAAGAGUUCAAGAGCGGCCAGCAGCCAUUCCUGUUCACUGGAUUUGGUAGAUGGAAACCCGAGGCUGAGAGGUUGUCAUUACGGGGAAGUAGCUCAGAGGACUCCAGUUGGUUGCAACACGUGUUGUGUCUCCAUGAAGACUUAGUGUGGUUUGGGGUAGGCAAGAAAACAUUCAAACACCCAGGAAAAAGGACAUGAUUCAAGGUGACCUUGUUAUACUGUAGUUGUUAAGCAACUCCAAUAGUGUAUCUGCAUUUACCAUUUGUUCAUCUACAUUCACCUACAUGCAGUAUUAUGUACUAGAAGAAAAUGGGGAAAUGCAAGCAAAUUCAACUUUAUUUUUCUGUUGUAUAUAUGUACAUCCACACUGUUCACUUGUGUUUUGUUAAAGAGGUAGUCACAAAGGGCUUAUGAAAAUCACUUUUGAGUUAAUAAUUAGAUGACAAGCAAUCCUGUGAUCCACUAAUUUGUUUUAUCUGUUAUGAUUAUAAAGCAAUCAGUUAUGUAUUUAAGUUGUUUUGAUUUAACUACAAAUAUAAGAUUAUAUGUACUGAUGUCUCCUGGCCCUUAUCUGUGGAUAUUUUUUAAAUGGACUUGUAUGCUGAUAAUUCUAGACCAAAGUAAAUAUGGCAGAAUAUUUAUACAUAAAAAUAAUUUUGCAAAUAUUUUCUAUAAUUGUAUCAUUCAUUUAAAAUGUUGAUAGUCUGUGUUAGUUUCAGGGAUGGGUGUAUAUUUUGAUAAAAUACUUGACUUUGUAAUUCUGUAUAUUCUAUACAAUUUAUAGCAGAGCCAUUUUAAGACAACUGGUUACAUUUUUUUCUUGAUUGUGAAAAUGUUAUGAGUGGUGUUUAAUUAUGCAUCAAGUCCAUAACGACCAAGUAGAAUUACAGUGUAAACAGUGAGCAUACUGUAUUCUGUACAAGAUAUAUUGUAAUUUGCUGUUUUAGCAUCUGUAUUUUGGUUAGACGAUAUUAUUAAAUGCAGAUGUUAAGGAUUGGAAAGGUUUAAUUUUAUUUUUAGAAAUAAUGAAUAUAAAUUUGUUUUGCUUGAUUAAAAUAGCUUAUUCCUAUAUUAAGUCUCUUUUUAAAAUGUCUUAGUGUUAAUUCUUGUGCAGCUAUUUCAUCUUGGUGAGUCAGGGCUUUGUUACACACAAUACUCAUUCAAUAUAUUGUCUCCUUGCUUACAUCUCCUGGUACCUACAUGCUUCAGAUUUAUAAACUGUGAUAUUAAACUCCUUUAAUCCCAGCACUCAGGAGGCAGAGGCAGGAAGAUCUCUCUGAGUUUGAAGCCACUGGUCUAUAGAAUGAGCUACUAAGAGAAACCAACAAAAAAACUGAGUAGCAGACAUUGAUCUCUCAUAGAUUACUGUCAGGAUAAGCCUUAUGUGAUGUGGUACCUCAGAGUGAAUACUCACUUGAAAGUAUUCUAGUCUCACAGCGAACAAAUUACAUUUACUGAGUCCUAGGCACUUGGCCAUGUCUUUGGAUCUAAACACUCAUUAUCCACCCCCAGUUCUGAAGGGAGCCCCAGUCCCUGCUUUGUAGUGAACUUGGAGUGGCAGUCCUUCAGCUAGACAAGGUACGGCGUGCCCGAUCCCAAAACCCAUGUGUUUGAACUUUCUCCGCGUUUUUAAUAAAAAUGCUUAUAGGAAACUGGAGAGUGAGGGGACAAGACAAAGUCAGACAGCUUUGGAAUGCUCUAGAGGCUUCUGUGAAGUGGGCCGAAGGAAGCUGUGUCUAACUCAGUAUCGUAUGUCCUCAGUUGCUCUUACGGUCUCGGGGUAUUGCCUCCAUAAAACCUGCUUCCACAGCAUCUGCCUCGCCUGUUUUUUUUAUUUUUUAAGAUAAUGGAGUGAAGUUAUCAUUUCAUGCCGCUAUCAGCCAGCAAUCUUUCUUAGGAAGAAAAUUGUUCCAUUGUCACAGACGGUAUUCCUAACCUUAGCUGGCCAUCCUGUGGCAAUACAGUCAGUCACAAGGGAAAUGCAGAAAGGGGCUCUGAGAAUGUAGUCCACCAACACAAAGCGAAGAAAUCCAGACUUUUUAAACACAACCGCAUUAUCUAGCAAAACAUUUUUAAUAGCUUGUAGCCAGGCAUGGUGGUGCACACCUUU